AUGGCCUCCCACCUUCCGCAGCACCCCGUCCAUGCACAGGGUCCCGCGGAGGCAGCAGAUGAGCCGAUGGACCCGGCACAGGCACUGGUGACCUUCAAAGAUGUGGUUGUCACCUUCACCCGGGAGGAGUGGGAAUUAUUGGACCUGCCCCAAAGGACACUGUACUGGAAGGUGAACCCUGAGUGUGAUGAUUUGGUAACAAGUAAAAAUCUGGGCAGAAAUGAUUUACAGGAGCAAGUCUCUCCAGGAGAUGGUCUCCUGGAGUGUGAAUCACAUAGACCAAGGAAAGACCCCUUGAUUCAUGGAGGGAAGAAAUCCUACAAAUGCAAGGAAUGCGGGAAAGAGUUUAUCAAGAAUCACUUCCUUCUUCAACAUCAGUGGAUUCACACUAGAGUAAAACCCUAUAAAUGCAAAAGGUGUGGGAAGGCCUUUCUCAAGAAGGCAGACCUCACAGAACACCAGCGAGUUCAUACUGGGGAGAAGCCCUAUGUGUGCAUCGAAUGCCAGAAGGCGUUCAGCCGCAGGUCACACCUCACGGAGCACCAGCGGAUUCACAGUGGAGAGAAGCCUUAUGCAUGCAGUGAAUGUGGGAAGGCCUUUGCCCGCCACUCUGAUUUUAUACGCCAUAAUAGAACCCACACUGGAGAAAAACCCUUUGAGUGCAAAGAAUGUGGGAAAGCCUUUUGUAACAGCUUUUCUGUAACUCGACACAUGAGGUGUCAUUCUGGGGAGAAGCUCUAUGAGUGCAGUGAGUGCGGAAAGACCUACAGCUACAGCUCAACCCUCACUACUCAUAAAAAGAUUCACAGUGGAGGAAAAUCCUACAAGUGUAAGAGAUGUGGGAAGACCUUUGACCAGAAGGCAGGCCUCAGUCAACAUCAGAGAACUCAUACUGAGUUCUUCUUAAAGAGACCUUUUUAA